AAGGAUCUUCCCUUUUUCUUCAACCGAAAAACAAACGCACCGCAGACACGAAGAAAAAACGCUGAGCUCUGAUUUUGACGAUGGCGACUGGGGUCCCAGACAACCUGACCAGAGACCAAUACGUGUACCUGGCUAAGCUAUCGGAGCAAGCCGAGCGCUAUGAGGAGAUGGUCCAGUUCAUGCAGAAGCUUGUGGUCGGCUCGACGCCGGCCGGUGAGCUCACCGUUGAGGAGCGGAACCUGCUCUCCGUUGCCUACAAAAACGUGAUCGGCUCGCUUCGGGCGGCUUGGCGUAUCGUCAGUUCGAUCGAACAGAAGGAGGAAGGUAGGAAGAACGAUGAACACGUGGUGCUCGUCAAGGAAUACAGAUCGAAGAUCGAGAGCGAGCUCUCCGAGGUAUGUGCUAGCAUCUUGAGGUUGCUGGACUCGAAUCUGGUACCUUCUGCUACAGCGAGUGAAUCCAAGGUAUUCUACUUGAAGAUGAAGGGGGAUUACCACAGGUACUUGGCCGAGUUUAAGGUUGGUGAUGAAAGGAAAGCCGCCGCUGAGGAUACUAUGCUUUCUUACAAGGCUGCUCAGGACAUUGCUCUUGCCGAUCUCGCAUCAACACAUCCGAUAAGGUUGGGGCUAGCACUAAAUUUCUCGGUAUUCUACUAUGAGAUUCUCAAUCAGUCUGAUAAAGCAUGUAGCAUGGCCAAGCAGGCAUUUGAAGAAGCUAUUGCUGAGCUCGACACCUUGGGAGAAGAAUCCUACAAGGACAGCACCCUUAUCAUGCAACUCUUGAGGGACAACCUCACUCUGUGGACAUCUGAUGUCCAGGACCAAUUAGAUGAGCCAUAGAAGAACCUGUAAGCUUGAUCCCGUCCCUAUUCUUCUUUUGGAGGAGGUGGGCUUUGAAUGUCAUUUGUUUUGUGCCGAUUAAAAGUGUGUUCAUUUAAAAAAAAUUUUAAAAAAAGAAAGAAUAUAGGCAUAUGGCCAUGACGAUGACCAUGAUGUUUUUAUAUUGAAGACUCAAAACAUGUCGUGCAAUUUGCUAAAUGAUUUGAAUAGGUAGCAUUUUGGAGCCAAUAUCAUCUGGCUACAUUUUUAAUUGUUCAUGUUAGUUUGUGUAAUGGCCUUUAUUAAUUAUUUAAAGAGCAAUGUCUUUUAGACACAAUCUAGACCGAUAAGAGAACAAGCAGCUUAAGGAGGCACAAAAUCACAGAAUUGGCUUUUGAAUGCACUGGGAUUCCGGAA